CCAUUUGCCUUUCAUAGUCAAAUACAGAAUUAAUCUGUACCCUUGGAAAACCCUAACAGCAGCAGCAGAAUGGAAUCCUUCUCUAACAUUUCUUCUUGUAUUUGAAUCCAAAGUCUCCAAUGAAAUUUCCCUAUUUCCAUGUGGGUUUCAUUAAACAGGUCAGUUUUUAAUUUAAACACAAAAGGCAUUACAAGAAAUUUUCACUCAAAACCCAAAUCUUUCUCAACCUCAAUUGCCAAUUUUAUCAACACCGCCACCACCACUACUGACAGUGACCAUGAUCAACCUCAACAAUUUCAUCAUCAACAACGACAACAACAACUCCAAUUAGAUUCUUUCAAGGUUGUUGAUAUCCUAUACAACCUUAAGAACCAACCUAUUUCUGCUUUAUCUUUCUUUAACCAACUUAAAGACUCUGGAUUUAAGCAUGAUAUCUCCACUUAUGCUGCCAUUAUUAGAAUCCUCUGUUAUUGGGGUCUCCACAAGCAACUCCGUUCUAUUUUCUUGGAUAUUAUUUAUGUUUCAUGCAAUGAUAAUGAUACUCCUUUUGAGAUUUCACAUUUUCUUGAUACUCUUAGUGAUGGGUUUGUUGAUGUUGACUCAAAGAAACAGUCUUUAUUUAUGUCUAAAGUAUAUGAUGCUUUGGUUAAGGCAUAUGUUAGUGUUGGCAUGUUUGAUGAUGCUAUUGAUGUUUUGUUUCAAAUGGGUAGGCGUAGAUUUGUGCCUCAUAUAUUUAUUUGUAAUUUUCUUAUGAAUAGCUUGAUUAAGAAUAGUAAAUUGGAUAUGGCUCUAGCUGUUUACAAACAGUUGAAGAGGUUGGGACUGAGUCCUAAUGAUUACACUUAUGCUAUUGUGAUAAAGGCACUUUGUAUAAAUGGUAGUUUAGAAGAAGCUAUGUAUGUCAUUAAGGAAAUGGAGGAAAGUGGUAUCACUCCUACUGGUUUUGCUUAUACAGCUUAUAUAGAAGGGCUUUGUGUGAAUGAGAUGUCGGAUUUGGGAUAUCAGGUGCUUCAAGCAUGGAAAGGGGCCAACAUUCCUCUAGAUAUGUAUGCUUAUACAGUUGCAGUUCGUGGAUUUUGCAACGAGUUGAAGUUUGAUAAAGCAGAAAGUGUCUUGCGUGAUAUGGAAAAAGAAGGGAUGGUUCCUGAUAUGCAUUGCUAUACUGCAUUAAUUUGCAGAUUCUGCAAGGCUGGGAAUUUGCUAAAAGCAUAUGCUUUCCUGAACGAGAUGAUGUCAAAAGGUGUAAAAGUAAAUUGUGUAAUUGUUGGCUCAAUUCUUCACUGCUUAUGUGAAUUGGGCAUGCACUCCGAAGUGGUAGAUCAGUUUAAUCAAUUUAAGAGCUUAGGUUUAUUUCUAGAUGGAGUUUCUUACAACAAUGUAGUUGAUGCUUUGUGCAAACUAGGUAAACUUGAAGAAGCUAUAACGUUGCUAGAUGAAAUGAAGAUGAAGCAAAUUAAUAUGGAUGUUAUGCAUUAUACGACUCUAAUUAAUGGGUAUUGUUGCCAAGGAAACGUGGUUGAUGCCUUCAAGGUAUUUGAAGAAAUGAGAGAAAAUGGUAUUGAAAUAGAUGUUGUUACUUAUGAUGUACUUGUUAGUGGAUUCUGUAGAAAUGGCCUUGCAACUGAGGCACUUAACCUCUUGGAUUAUAUGCAGACACAGAAGCUAAAACCUAAUUCCAUUACAUACAAUGUGGUAGUUGAAAGUUUAUGUAUGGGUGGCAAAGUUAAAGAAGCUGAAGCAGUUUUCAAUAGCAUAGAGGAUAAGAGUUUAGAUAAUUAUUUUGCCAUGAUUAAUGGAUACUGUAAAGCCAACCAUACUGCAGGGGCUGCUAAACUUUUCUUCAGACUUUCAGUAAAGGGACAUGUGAAGAGAAGUUGCUGCUAUAAUCUUCUGAAAAAUCUGUGUGAGGAAGGUGAUAAUGAUGGAAUUCUCAUGUUGCUAGAGACGAUGUUGAAUUUGAAUGUGGAGCCUAGCAAGUUUAUAUAUGGUAAACUCUUCACUUCUUUAUGCCGUGCAGGAGGUGCAGCAGGUAUGAGAAAGGCACAAUCAGUUUUUGACAUGUUAUUAAAGAGAGGGUGGACUCCUGAUCUCAUUGCCUAUACAAUAAUGAUAACCAGUUACUGCAGGAUGAAUUGCUUGAAAGAAGCAGUUGAUCUUUUCCAUGAUAUGAAACAAAGAGGAAUUAAACCUGACUUAGUUACUUUUACUGUUUUGCUUGAUGGCCAUCACAAGGCACAUAUUAAAAAGGUAUAUUCUGCAGCCAAUGCAAAGGGAGGCAAUGAAGACAUAUUUGAUGCUUUAGCUAUUUGGACAGAAAUGAAGGAUACGGAAAUCAAACCGGAUGUCAUAUUUUAUACUGUUUUGAUUGAUGGAUAUUGCAAGGUGGAUAGCCUUCAUGAUGCCAUAGGCGUGUUUGAUGAAAUGAUAGAGAGAGGACUAGAACCUGACAUUAUAACAUACACGGCUCUUUUGUCUGGGUGUUGUCAGAGGGGAGAUGUGGAUAGAGCUGUGAACCUUCUUGAUCAAAUGUCACUCAAAGGGAUAUCACCUGAUACACGCACCAUGUCUGCUUUACUCCAUGGUAUUUUGAAAACCAGGCAGGUGAAUUUUCGGAAGAAAGAACUCGAGUAAAUAAUGGUGGCUAGAUGAACCUAAAUUCACGAACCAGUUUGCUGUUACUAAAGAGAAUCGUGCAGGCUUGCUACAUAACUGGAUCUAUUCCAAGUGAGCUGGAAAAUCUAUCUAACUUUAACCUCUAUUUGUCAAAUAUAAUUCUCUUUGGACCAAUGCUAUUGGAUGACAUGCUUAUCAAAGUCUGCGAAGCUUGUGAGCACAGCCUGCUGUGAUCUGUUAAGUGUUCAAUGUGUUCUGAAUGUUUUAGAGAUGAUGUGGUGAGUUUGAUACCACGAGGAACAGACAUCGCAAAUAUCCCAAAAGAUGGUACCAAUUUUGCAGAUAAAAAAAAAAAGGAGGUGCCAGAUGAGUCUGAGCCGCCAUCUGACAUCUCUUCAUCGGAAUCUUGAGAGGCCUGGGCUUCAACUGUGGACAGAUGCAGUGAAGAAUCUCCAACUCACUCUUGUAAUUCCUCCAUCUCCCGCUGUUGAACAUCCGAGUGACUUGACUCUGUACCAACCUAAUAUCUAGGUCGAAACCAAGAACUUAUUAGUAUUAUUUUUCUGGGUUUAGGCUAUAAUAAUGGACAGGUAGAUGCUCCAAUUAAACCUCCUCAAUAUCUACGCCACCCUCUAAAAUCCUGUGCCUCUCAUGAAAAUGGUAGAGAGGCCGCGAUUGAUAUUGAGAGCAUAUAAUUUAAUGCAAUGCAGAAAUUGGGUUACACUGAUAAUAUGAUAAUUGUUUA